AUGGACACCACUAAAGUAACAGGCUUACCACCACAGUGUGCCUCGGAUCGCACAGUGGCCGGCGUAGGGGGGGUUAGUGACCCCGCUCCCCCUAUGUCGUCAUCCCACGAGGGGCCGACCGAAGCGUUGCCAGCGGGCGCUUCGAGUCAAGCUGCUACCGUUGAGGUUAUGCUCUUAUCAGAGCAGCAUUCCCUGGACGUCCAAAUCCUCCCGCCAUCGGGUGCUGCUUCUCAGCCCCCUGCGGGAGAGCUUUCUUCGCGUGAAGUUCUUGAGCUACGCGAAAAGGAAUGUGGUUGGUGUGCAGAGGUCGAGGUAGCCUCACAUACCACAGGGACUCAGGAUGAUCGGGGGUUUAUGGACGCCCGUUCUGUCAACUCGGCGUUCACCUUGGACCCGUCAGAGGACGAGAGUGUCGUCCAAGCGUGCAUGGACGUUGACGAAAGUGAGGCAACCGACCCUCCCGCAAAAAUGACGCGCUCUAAGGCCAUCAUCAGGGCGGCUAAACUUAGCGUAAAGCCAGCGGUUAAAGAGGAUCCGUCGUCGCCUAAAGCCGGUCCUUCUCGCCUUCCGGCUAAGAAGAAGGCUACGGCCAAGGCGUUUCUGAAGGCUGAGUCGAGGCCAGCUAGGAGAGCUGCGGCUAAGCCUUCCCGCAAGCGCAAGAAGACUGCCCGCAUCGAGUCCUCGACGACGGACGACAGCGAGCCUAGUGCCCCGCUAAUCCCUGCCGCUACAAGUAAAUAUGCCGGGAAAGCGGAUCAGCGCAAGGUACGACAGAUCGAGCAGUCCAUGCAGGACUACGAGCAGCAACCACCUACUGCGAUAUAUGGGGACCUCCUCGAGUGGCUCAAGGAACUCGAGGAAGAACGCACAAAGUCGGCCAACACUCUGCAAGGGGCAGUGAGUGGCCGCAUGCGCGAUCGCAUUGUGCGGGCCAAGAAGGCGGUGUUGACCCUGUCAGGUCGGGACAACGGGGCAUACACCAAAAUACACGAACAGCAGCUGCAAAUACGAAUUUGA